UAAACUGAGAAUAAAAUAAGGCAACAGCUCACAAAGGAGACACAGCACUCAUCAUUGAAUGUAGAAUUUAAAAGUCUCCUCCCUACGCUCUCUCCUCUCUGAUCCAUUACAUUCACCGUAAUUUCAAAUCGCAGAAACCUCUGCUUCUACCAAGGAGGGUUAAAAGAAGAGAGAGAAAAAUGGUGAUGGGUGCCAAUUUCAAGGAGAUUAGGACCAAGAAGACUUUCAUUGGUCUUGGUUUGGGACAGCUCCUCUCACUUCUUUCUACUUCUAAUGGUUUUACAUCUUCUGAGCUCGCCAGGAAAGGGAUCAAUGUUCCAACAUCGCAAACAUUCCUAAAUUAUGUGUUACUGGCAGUCAUCUAUGGAGGUAUUAUGCUGUAUCGAAGACCCGAAAUUAAGGUGAAAUGGUAUUACUAUUUCCUCGCUUUAGUUGAUGUGGAGGCGAAUUUUCUUGUGGUGAAGGCUUAUCAGUACACAUCAUUGACAAGUGUCAUGCUACUGGACUGCUGGGCGAUCCCUUGCGUUUUGGUCUUGACUUGGGUUUUCCUGAAAACAAAAUACAGAUUGAUGAAGAUCAGUGGUGUGGUUAUCUGUAUUGUUGGUGUUGUUAUGGUAGUUUUCUCUGAUGUUCAUGCAGGGGAUCGAGCUGGAGGAAGUAAUCCUAUCAAAGGAGACUUUCUUGUCAUAGCUGGGGCAACCUUAUAUGCUGUCAGUAAUGCCACUGAGGAGGAGACACAGUUGAUGGUGAAGGCUUAUCAGUACACAUCAUUGACAAGUGUCAUGCUACUGGACUGCUGGGCGAUCCCUUGCGUUUUGGUCUUGACUUGGGUUUUCCUGAAAACAAAAUACAGAUUGAUGAAGAUCAGUGGUGUGGUUAUCUGUAUUGUUGGUGUUGUUAUGGUAGUUUUCUCUGAUGUUCAUGCAGGGGAUCGAGCUGGAGGAAGUAAUCCUAUCAAAGGAGACUUUCUUGUCAUAGCUGGGGCAACCUUAUAUGCUGUCAGAGGAGACACAGUUGAGUUGAUGACCUUUAUGGGAUUUUUUGGUGCCAUUAUUAGUGCCAUUCAGAUAAGCAUAUUUGAACGUAGUGAGCUCACAGCUAUUCACUGGUCAACUGGAGCUGUUUAUCCUUUCCUUAGAUUUGCACUCACAGCGUUUCUGUUCUACUCAUUAGUCCCGGUCUUACUCAAGACUAAUGGUUCAACAAUGUUCAACCUCUCGUUGCUCACGGCAGACAUGUGGUCAGUUUUGAUACGCAUUUUCGCAUACCAUGAGAAGGUGGAUUGGCUAUACUUCUUGACAUUUGCUACUACAGCUAUAGGACUGAUCAUAUACUCAAUUAAGGAGAAAGAUCUUGAGGAACACAACAGAAGUGGAGAAGCGAUUGACGAGGAGGCUGAGUGGAAAAAGUUGGUCGACGAGGAUGGUGAUCCGGGAUCCUAACCACAGCGGAUUUUCUCUAUGUCAUCGACUGUGAGAUUAAUAGAUUAUUGCUUCCAGAAAAAACAAAGGAACUUACGAGUAGAGAA